AUGGCGGCGUCUACACCCUCGAGCAGGGCCUACUUUGAGCAGCAGCGCGAGGCGCUGAUAGGGGAAAUAGCGAUGAGCUUCGAGCAGGUGCUGGCAAACAUCAACAAGCUGAACCGCAACCUCGAGGCCGUCAUCACGGUCGGCAACGAGUUCUCGUCGGUCGAGGCCCUGUGGAGCACCUUUGAGAACGUCAUGGCCAAGGAGGAGGGCGAGGGGGAGGAGGUAGAGGAGGCAGCAGAGGGCAAGAGUGACGAGGCAGGCGGUGGUAGUUCAGGGGACGAACAGGGCCAGGAUGAGAUGAAGGGUGAGGAUGAGGAACAGGACAGAACGGUGACCUGA